CGUAUUAGUAUUAUAGAUGAUCGAAAUUUGACGGGUUCCGAAACCCUAAUCUGGAGCCCCUUCCCUUCGUUCCUUCGUCUCUUCCUCUGAGAGAAUCUUCAUGUAGUUGACGAUGAAGGCGGUGACAGGAACCGUGGUCUCCUCGAAGCCCAUCUCCCUCUCGAAGGCCGCCGCGGUGCUUUCCCGCUUCGCCGCCAACGAAAACGAUGCCCGCCCGGAGGUCGCCGCUUUCGUCCGCCGCGCCUCCGCCGCCUUCGACGAACUCGUUCUCUUCCACCGCGAGGUACGCGCCGCACUUAGGCGCCCCGAGGAGAGAGGAGAGGAGGGCGAGUGGAAGAAGAAGAAAAGGAAAAGGAGCAGAGACGAAGAUAAAGCUGAAGCUGGCGAUGAUGUCGGGCGAAACCCAUAUUUGAUGAAUGGGAAUGCAGAUCUUGGAAGCGAUGGGGAGAAUAAGAAAAAGAAGAGGAGGAGGGCGGAUGCGGAUGACAGAACGGAACUUGUUCUGGAGACGCCGAAGAAUUUGGUGGGAAAUGUCCGGCAUUACGAAGAUGCUGCAAAGUUAGUAGAUGGGAGGAAUAAGAAGAAACUGAAAGUUGGAACUGAGAAAAUGAGCAAUCUUAACAGAAUAGGUGAAUCGGAACCAGAGUUCCAAGAAGAAAGCCUUAGGAAUAGGAAGAAGAAAGACAAGAAGCAUAAAAGGGAUCCAAAGGAAGUCAGUUUGGAAGUUGCAGUAAAAAAACCGAAAUAAGUUGCGCAUCGAAGAAGAACUUGGGCGAAUAGGGGAGCAAAAAGAGCAGAUCACAAAGAAAAAGAAAGAUUAACAGAAUGGAAGAUCAGCAAACAACUAGCUUUUCCAAGAGUUGGAGUUUCAUGACAAGUGGAAUCUUUAAGGUGUGUGGCCACAUUGUUCUAACCUAAUAUUUUUGAUAACACGCAUUGAAUAUCUAAAGUUUUGAGGUAACAUCUUAUUGACAAUAGAAUAAUUUGCAUGAGAUGUUAACUUGCCACUUCAAUAUCAAACAUUGCCUUUAAUGUGACUUA